AUGUCGGCCUUGAGGCGCUCGGGCUACGGCCCCAGUGACGGACCGUCUUAUGGCCGCUACUACGGGCCUGGGGGUGGAGAUGUGCCGGUGCACCCGCCUCCGCCCAUCUACCCCCCGCGCCCCGAGCCUCCCCAGCUUCCCAUUUCCUGGCGGGGGCGCGGGGGCGGCCCGGCGGAGACCACCUGGCCGGGGGAAGGCGGAGGAGGCGAUGCCUACUACGCGUCUGGAGGCGCCUGGUCAGAGCCGGGUCGUGCUGGCGGAGGCCACCAGGAGCAGCCACCAUAUCCUAGUUACAAUACUAGCUAUUGGAAUUCUACUGCCCGACCUCGGGCUCCUUACCCAAGUACAUACCCUGUAAGACCGGAAAUGCAAAGCCAGAGUUUGAAUUCUUAUACAAAUGGGGGAUAUGGCCCACCAUACCCCACUGGCCCGGGGACAAAUACUGCCUCAUACCCUGGGUCCUAUUACACACCUGGGUAUGCUCAGACCAAUUACUCCACAGAGGUUCCAAGCACUUACCGUUCACCUGGCAACAGCCCAGCCCCAGUCUCCCGUUGGAUGUACCCCCAGCAGGACUGCCAGACUGAAGCACCCCCUCUUAGGGGGCAGGUUCCAGGAUAUCCUGCUUCACAGAACCCUGGAAUGAGCGUACCCCAUUACCCUUAUGGGGAUGGUAAUCGUAGUGUUCCACAACCAGGACCAACUGUUCGACCCCAGGAGGACUCAUGGGCACCUCCAGGUGCUUAUGGAAUGGGAACCCGGUACCCCUGGCCUUCAGCUGCGCCCUCAGGACCACCGGGGGGUCUCUACAUGAACGAGGGCACUUCCUCAUGGCCUAGCAGUGGCUCUCCUCAGCCACCUGCUUCACCGCCACCCCCACAGCCUAAGGACUCCUACACCUACAGCCAGCCAGAUCAAGGCGUGAGCCAGCACAGCUUCCCUUGCAGCGUCCAUCAGUACGAGCCCGCGGGAUCAGUGAACCAUGACAGCUCAGAGCUCUUGGAUUCCCAGGUCCAGUAUAGUGCUGAGCCUCAUCUGUACGGUAAUGCCACCCACGAACAUCCCAGCACUCAAGACCAGGGCAAUCAUCUUGCUGAAGAGGGUUUAUCUUCAGAUGAAGGGACUCCCCCAAGCAUUAAAAAAAUCAUACAUGUGCUGGAGAAGGUCCAGUAUCUUGAGCAAGAAGUAGAAGAGUUCGUAGGAAAAAAGACAGACAAAGCCUACUGGCUUCUGGAAGAGAUGCUAACCAAGGAACUUCUGGAACUGGAUUCAGUUGAAACUGGGGGCCAGGACUCCGUCCGGCAGGCCAGGAAAGAGGCGGUUUGUAAAAUCCAGGCCAUACUGGAAAAAUUGGAAAAAAAGGGAUUAUGA